CAGGAUGGCAAGGAGGAUGCGGUGCACGAUGCGUGGCAAGAGAGUCACCGGCUGCUCUUGAAGUUGAUCGAGAAGACCAUGACCAACCUGGACAAGCCAACGAGGCAGAAGAUCAUGUGUGCCAUCACGUUGGACGCCCACAAUCGAGAUGUGCAAGAGCGUUUGGUGCAAGAGAAGGUGAUCUCCAAGGAUGCUUUCCAAUGGCAGAGCAUGUUGAAGUGCUACUGGAAAGAGGACGUGGAUGAUGCAUCGAUGGAGAUCGCGGAUGCCAAAUUGCCAUAUGGUUAUGAAUACCUGGGCAACGGUCCUCGUCUGGUGGUCACGCCCUUAACGGAUCGCAUCUACGUGACAGCGACGCAGGCCUUGCACUUGUGCAUGGGCUGCGCGCCGGCCGGACCUGCUGGCACUGGGAAGACGGAAAGUACCAAGGACUUAGCCAACGCCGUGGCGAAGGCCUGCUACGUCAUCAACGCGGCGCCAGAGAUGGACUAUCUGACGUUGGGUGAUAUCUACAAAGGCCUCUCCGCGAGUGGCUCCUGGGGAUGCUUCGAUGAGUUCAACCGCCUGGUCCCCGAGGUGCUGUCCGUGUGCACGGUGCAGUUCAAGGCGGUGUGCGAUGCCAUCAGGGCCGGCAUGACGCGCUUCAUGUUGCAGGGCGAUGAAAUCAACCUGAAUCCGCAGGUGGGUUGCUUCAUCACCAUGAACCCGGGCUAUCUGGGCCGUUCCGAGCUACCAGAGGGUCUGAAGGCCUUGUUCCGACCCAUCACGGUGAUGGUGCCAGACUUCAAGCUCAUCAUGGAGAACAUGUUCAUGGGUGAAGGGUUCACUGAAGCCAAAGCCCUGGGACUGAAGUUCUCCACGCUCUAUGCUUUGAACAAGGACUUGCUCUCCCAGUCCAAGAAAUAUGACUGGGGCAUGCGAGCCAUCAAGAGUGUGCUGGUGGUGGCCGGCGGCUUCAAGCGUGCCGAUGCCAGUCUGUCGGAGCAGGCGGUCCUGAUGCGGUCCCUGCGCGACACCAACGUGGCGAAGAUCGAAGGCGACGACCUGCGAAUCUUCAUGGCUCUGCUGGGCGAUCUCUUCCCAGGCAUUGAUGUGCCCCGAGCCCGCGAUUACGAGAUGGAGGAAGUGCUGGUGGAUGUGAUGCAAACGGACUACGGCUACACCCACGACCCCGAUGGCUAUCUUCUCUUGAAGAUCACCCAGCUGAUUGAGCUGCUGGGUAUCCGACACUGCGUCUUCUUGAUGGGCAACCCGGGCAGCUUCAAGUCCGCCAUGUGGAAAGUCUUGAAGAACGCCAAGACACGAAGGGGUGAGAAGACGACCACAGUGGAUUUCAGUCCCAAGGCCAUCUCUACGAACGAGCUCUAUGGCUUCGUUAACAUGCAGACGCGCGAGUGGAAGGAUGGUAUCAUCUCCAAGGUGAUGCGAGACUUGGGUCAAAUCCCAGAUACCCACCCCAAGUGGAUCAUGUUGGACGGCGAUUUGGACGCCAAUUGGAUCGAAUCCAUGAACAGCGUCAUGGACGACAACCGACUGCUGACCUUGCCCUCCAACGAACGUAUCCCCCUGAAGGUGCACAUGAAGAUGAUCUUCGAAAUCCGAGAUCUGAACUAUGCCACCCCGGCCACUGCCACGCGCGCGGGCAUCGUUUGCCACUUGGUGGCAUGGGUGUUUUCUCGCAUCACUGCGCCUUCAACUACCAUGUGGGGAGCGGAGGGAGCGUGA